UCUAGGCGCACGUGCGCUGUUCGUUUUUGUUUAUGCUGUAAUAUUUAACUUAUUGCGGCCAAGAUGUUUGUUAACGAGGUCAACGAUGUGAAGAUCUACAACCUGAGCGCCGGCAAGUCGGUGCCGGAUUGGCUCACUGACCGACGAAAGCGGUCGCAGCUGAAGAAAAAGGUGGACUCGCGGCGCCAGAUCGAGCUGAUACAGGACUUUGAUAUGCCCGGCGUAUGCACUAGCAUCCGCAUGAGCCCCGACCAUCAGUACAUCCUGGCCACGGGCACGUACAAGCCGCGCGUCAAGUGCUUCGAGGUUUCUAAUCUGUCCAUCAAGUUUGAGCGCUGCUUCGACUCCGAGGUGACCACGUUUGAGGUGAUAAGCGACGACUACAGCAAGAUGGUCUUCCUGCAGUGCGAUCGCUACGUGGAAAUACACGCCGCCCACGGUCGCCACUACAGACUGAGGAUACCGCGCUUCGGGCGCGACAUGAAGUACCACAAGCCCAGCUGCGACAUGUUCAUCGUGGGAGUGGGCAGGGAUAUUUACCGGCUUAAUUUGGAGAGGGGACAGUUCCUUCAGCCUUUCGAAACGGACGCCAGCUGCCUAAACGCUUGCGAUGUGAACCCAGAGCAUCAUCUUCUGGUGGCCGGCACCAAGGAGGGCACAGUGGAAGCCUGGGAUCCCCGAACUAAGCAACGCUGUUCCACGCUAGAUGUCGCCAUGAAGCUGCCUGGCGUAAAGGACUUUCCCUCGGUCACAGCUCUGAAAUUCCGUAAUGGUCUGCAUAUGGGCGUGGGUACAGCCUCGGGUCAUGUUCUGAUCUACGACAUCCGUGCCAAGCAGCCGCUGCUGGUGAAGAAUCAUCUAAAUCGACUGCCCAUCAAGCGACUGGCUUUUAAUCCUUCCCAAAAUGCCGUCUAUAGCUUGGACGAGGCCACGUUGAAGCUGUGGGAUGAGCAGACGGGCAAGCAGAUUGCCUACGUUGAGUCCACGACAUCCUUCAACGAUUUCUGCACCAUCCCCGACACGGGCAUGUUCUUCUUGGCCCAGGAGGACGUGAAUAUGCUGACGUACUACGUGCCAGCCAUGGGCCCAGCACCGCGCUGGUGCUCCUUCCUUGAUAAUCUCACCGAGGAGAUCGAGUCGGAGGUGGUGGAGAAUGUCUACGAUGACUACCAGUUCGUUACGGCUAAGGAGCUGGCAGAACUGGGAAUGGAACAUCUUGUUGGCAGCAAUCUGCUGAAGGGUUACAUGCACGGAUACUUUAUGGACGCUCGGUUAUACAACAAAGCCAAGGCAGUGGUGGAACCCUUUGCCUUCGAUCGUUUCCGCAAGGACAAGAUCCGGCAGGAGAUCGAGAGUGAGCGAAAGUCGCGGCUACAAAUUGAGUCCAAGCUGCCCAAGGUCAACAAGGAAUUGGCCCUCAAAAUCAUGGACGAACAAGCGAAUCCCUCCAACAGUGCCAAGCAACGCAAUGUUCCCAAUCUUCUGGAGGAUACCCGUUUCAAGGCCAUGUUCGAGAACGCUGACUUUGCAGUUAAUAAAGAGGCUGAGGAGUAUCGUCUCCUGGCUCCGGUUCUCAAUCGUCUCGAUAAAUCCAAGGCCAAGGAGCUGAAGAAACGUGUGGAGGUGGCCCGCGUGGCCGAGUUGCAUGCUGACGAGGCCCAGCCGAGAGAAGAAAGCGACAAUGAUGAGGAUCUGUUUGGCUUCGAGAAGAGCGACGGCGAGAAGAGCGAGGACAGUGCUGACGAUGCCUCCUCCGACGAUGACGACAGAAGGGAGUACGUGAAGGAAAUGAAGCAGGCCUACAAGCAGGUAAAGCGAACUCGCGACGAAGAAGAAGACGAGGAGUUGGAAGAGAAUGGAGACCAUAAGCAACAUGAAGAGACGCCAGGAAGUGGAACAAGACCUCUGACCAAUGGACACAGUAGGGCUCCUCCUCCAACAAAUGGCACGAUCAACCGCUUCACCAUGACGGCCCUGGACAAGCAUCAAAGCGGCAGUGCGAUGCAGCAGCGCAUCAAGCAGGCCAGCCUUCAGGAUCGUGUACGCGUAAUGUCUCAGCUGGAGGGGCAGGUGACCAAUGUGGGAAGGUCACUUGGCAAUCGUCAAAUGACAUUCGAGGUGAAUAAGCAAAAGAAGUCACAGUUCCAUGCCAAAAAACGCGAGGCAGCACUGAAAAAACAUCGCGAAGAGCGGAGGAGCAUCGUUAGACCCAUCAAAUCCCUUCGUCUGAAGAAGGUAAACUUUAAGUAGCACCCAAACAAAUAUUGCAAUAGUCUCGUGUACAUAAAAUCAUAAAUGUUAAA